GUGAGAAACUUCUCCGAUAAAGAGCUCUCACGUAAGAUGAAGAUAAGGGCGCAAUGGGGAAGCUCUUGGGAAGUAGGAAUCUCUAAAAACCCGAGAUUUUACUUCAUGGAGAAGCCCGGCUGGGAGAAGUUUGUUAGGGACAAUGCUUUGGGAAACAGUGAGUUUAUAACCUUCACUCACAAAGGAAAGAUGCAGUUUACUGUGAACAUCUUUAAGCAAGAUGGGAAAGAAAUGAUGCAACCUCCAAAAUCCAGAGCCUUCUUGGCUUCUUCAAGUCGUAUCAAAACAGAACAAGAGGAAGAUGACAUGAAGGAAGAGGUAGUGGUAUCUUCUAACCAUGGCCCGACAACCGCAGCUGAAUCUUAUGGAAGAAAGCUCAACCUUGGGAAGAAGGCAGCUAAGGAAUCCCAAAAUUCUAAAAGAACCGAGAAAGUGGUUAAAGCACGAAGAGAUUACGCAGGUGCCUCUUCAUCUACUGCUGCAGAAUUCACCAUCUUAUUCAAGCAAGGAUAUCUCAUAUUCCUGAGGAUCCCAAAUUCUGUUGCUAAGGAUCAUAUGGCAGAUGAGAAAAAAAUAUUCAAGAUCCAUCACCCAAAUGGGAAGAAAUCAUGGAAUGUGGUUUAUCUAGUGAGGUUUGGAGCUUUCUCUGGUGGAUGGCGACGUUUGGUUAAAGAGUAUCCCCUUGCUGUUGGGGAUACCUGCAAAUUUUCAUUCAUCAAACCAGAUGAGCUACUUCUAGUUGUCUCCAAACCCUAAUGAUAAUGUAUGUGAGGGUGUCUUGGAGAAGAAGUUACUGAGUAAAACAACUUUCUGUUU